CGCCGUAAUGCAACUGCUGCAGCAUUUAAGGUGGAAAGGAAAAUUUAAUAAGAAGCUGUCUUCAGCUUCGGGAUUUUCAGCUAAUGUUACCGUAGACAGUUACAUCCCAAUGCCGUAUUUGAACUACGAGCACAUUUUAAGGUUUGUCUGCUGAGCCACUCCCGGGUCAACUCCUCAGCUCAUUUUCAAAGCCUUCAGUACGUUAAAAUGAAUGUGUUGGAGCAGGACAUCGCUAAAAUGUGCAGUAGUGUUAAAGGGACCGGGAUUUGAGCGCAGCUAAGUUUCUUGCUGUUGUGAGGCGCCACCCGGCCGGGUGCAAUGUCCUUUUGCUCCACAUGAGCUCGACUAUGUGGUACAUCAUGCAGAGUAUUCAGAGUAAAUACUCACUUUCAGAAAGGCUCAUCCGAACCAUUGCAGCCAUCCGCUCAUUUCCACAUGACAAUGUGGAGGACCUUAUACGCAGGGGUGCAGACGUGAACAGGAUGCAUGGCACGCUGAAGCCCUUGCAUUGUGCCUGCAUGGUGGCUGAUGCAGACUGUGUGGAGCUUUUGUUGGAGAAAGGUGCAGAGGUCAAUGCCUUGGACGGUUAUAACCGCACAGCUUUGCAUUAUGCUGCAGAGAAGGAUGAGGGCUGCGUGGAGCUUCUGCUGGAAUAUGGAGCUCAUCCCAAUGCACUGGAUGGCAACAAGGACACCCCAUUGCACUGGGCUGCCUUCAAAGACAACCCUGAGUGUGUGCGUGCCCUGCUGGAGAGUGGUGCUUGCCCCAAUGCACGUGACUACAACAAUGACACCCCACUCAGCUGGGCAGCCAUGAAGGGCAACUUGGAGAGCGUGCGUGUUUUACUUGAGUAUGGAGCCCAGGUUCACGUCACCAACCUCAAGGGCCAGACGCCCAUUUCCCGGCUGGUGGCUCUACUGGCGCGGGGCCUGGGCACAGAGCAGGAGGAAGAGUGCCUGGAGCUUCUGUGCCGAGCUGCGGGGAAGUUUGAUAUCCGCCGAGCCGAUGGCUCCUUGCCCCGUGAGCUCAGCAAAGAUCCUCAGCUGCUGGCGCGUCUAACAAGCAUGGUGGCUCAGCCACCUUUGUUGCGAGCCUUGGCUCGCUGCGCUGUUCGAAACAGCCUCGGAGUGCAGUAUCUCCCAACUGCUGUGAAACAGCUACCAUUGCCAGAGUCUGUCAAAGAGUAUGUACUCCUCAGAGACUGAGGACUGAUUAGAGGAGAGAACAGACUGCCUGUAAUGCAAGACAGUGAGGAGAUAGUUGUUGUGUUUUUCUUUUAAUGCUAUCAGAAUUCCAUAGCCUGUUUCUCAAAAUCCCAUAUAAAUGAGUUUUUUUUUUUUUUGUCUUUGCACUUUUUUUUUUUUACUGACUUUUUUACAGCUCAUUAGGAUCGGGUCUGUAAUGCAAGAUUUAAAUUUACAGAGAUUUUGAUAUUGGCAGUUACAAGGCAGGUAUAAUUCAUUGAUACUUUCAGAUUAUUGCGAAACUAACACUAAAUUCUCCAAAAAAAAAUGUUGUGUGUAUAUACUCUUACAGUAUAAGAAAAGUUCCUAAUUUGUUGUGAAGUCUACCUUAACAGCUGUUCCUGAAACUAUUCAUAAGCAUCUUUGUUCCACUCAGUACAGAGGUUUGAUUUGGAUUAUUAUUAUUAUUAUUAUUAUUUAGUUGACCGUUCCUUUGGCCAUUGUCUCUGCAAGACUUUUAAAUGACGAAUAAUGCUUGAAUAAUUAUUUGUGUUGAUAAUAGACCAUUUUAGCAGUAGAGAUUGUAUUGUAUCUCUUUUAUUUGGUGCUGGGGGUACAGGUUCAUGUGAUGUUUCAAGUCUGAGAAGGAAAACGUUUUGAUGGGCAUUUUAUUUUUUUGAGGAGGUUGCCAAUCCUUCUGGUUUUGGAAAUGAUGUCAAUAAUUGAUCUGAUUUAAUACAGCAUGAUCAUUCCAAGUUUUGACUGUCCUUGACUAGGAUAUCUUAAAACAAGGAAUUUAAUGAACUUGUACCCAGCUUAACUUGUGAGUCUUGAGUGAAACCUAAGUGGCUUUUUUUCUUCUUCUUAUCACUGUAGUUUCUGUUUGUACAGUGAUACAGCCUGUUUAGAAAUGACUAAAUGUGAUGCUUAAAGCUGGAGUAAGAGUUUUCUGUGCAGCCACCAAGUAAGUGCACCCCCACCUUCAAAUUUCAACAAGUAAAGGCCUUUCUGUAUCACA